CAAAAAACAAUACUGCACAAAAAGUUUCUGAAGAAAUUAUUUCUAUAAGAAAGUCUACUCUACCUGGAUGAACUGGCCCUGGAAACACUACACAUAAGGAUGUCUCCACUGCACAUUCUGCUGUUGCUGCAGACAACAGUAUGCCAACUGUUCAAUACACCAACGAAACUCAAUUUGAGCACCACAACACGGGCACUGAAUUAUCCUCUAAGCCCACAGGCUUCACUUUCCCAGGGCUCACAUCCCCGGGUGAUCAAGUUGAAACUCAGCUAAAGCAGCAGCUACGGUCCCUAAUCCCCAACAGUGACGUGCGAAGGCUCAUUUCUCAUGUUAUCCAGACUUUGAAAAUGGACUGCUCAGAGACCCACGUGCAGCUGGCCUGUGCCAACCUCAUCUCUAGAACAGGCCUCCUGAUGAAGCUUCUCAGCAAGCAGCAAGAAGUAAAGGUGUCCAAAGAGGAAUGGGAUACGGAUGAUUGGAAAAGUGACAACUGUAUCAGUGAGAGCACAGAAGCCCAGAGUGAGCAGAAAGAGCAGGAGUCAAGUGAGAUGUUCCAGGAUAUGGCUGUGACAACAAGCUCAUCUUGGCAAUAUCUGUAACUGUAGUAGUGACGAUUUUGGUUACAAUUCUCUGUCUCAUUGAGCAGUGGCCGGUCCUGUGUUCUAUGCCAUCAUCACGGUUUAUUCAGCAAGGGAGGCCCACAGAGCCCAAAAGGCAUG